AUGGAGACUUUGCAGCUGGCCCAGAUGCUGGCAGAUCUCAGCGAUCUAGAUGCUGCCGAACCCCGUGCUGCCCACGCCCUCGUCACCGCCAACGCGGCGGUCACUACUGCUACCUCCACAACCUCGUCCACGACCAUACAACAAACCGAAGUCGCCACCACAUCCUCCUCUUCCGCCCAGAUCCCAACCAACCCACCCCAGCAUCGUCGGGUUUCCUCAUCGUCGGCACUAUCGCCCGGCAGCUCCGUCCCACGAAACGGCGGGACCUCAACACCUUUUGAUUCGUACCUGGGUCGUCGGCUGCUCACGCCGCCCAUCACCCGCUCCAGCUCGUCCCAUGGCUCCUUGCCAGGCACGCCACACGGCAAUGAUACCGACUCUGAUGUCGACCGCGCUUCUUCACUGAUCGCCUUAUACGAUCUCCGUGCGAAGCUCAAGCAGUAUAACGAUAGCAACAGUCUGCGGCAAGCCCGCGAGAAAGUGGCUGCCCUGUCUGGACGCCAGCUCCACCAACAGUCGCCGCAUUCGUCUGGCGACAACCUGGCAGGAGCUUCGUCUACCUCACCGCCAAACCCGCCGCCGAUUGCCCGCCGCCACUCCCAGUACACGUUCCCGCGGUCGUAA